AACACAGGCAACACCGAAAAAAAAAAACACAAAAAAACAUUUGAGAUCCGAAGAACAUUUCUUUGUUCUGCACAAUUACGCACGGUCAUCCACGGGCACACUUUGUCCUUGCCAAGACAUUUCCGGUAGAAUGCACUCCGACAGGCCCGGGGGAUUUUGUUUUCCGUGGACCACUGACUUAAUGCUCACACACUAAUUAUUCGGCAGCCUAUAGGCUAUCCAACAUGCCUUUUUGACGUCACGCGUCAACUUUUCUGAUAUGAAUAUGCGCGCACUGCGGUUUUUAAGUUUCAGUCUCUCUGCACAUCAGGCGGGAACGCGGGAUGGGAGCCAGAUUGGCCGCAGACAACAGGAACAUCAUAUCGUAUUUUAUAGGUCAGGUAUUUUGGGAAUGUGCCUGCGGCGCGGCGCGCCACGUGCGUAAUGACGAGUCUGCCUCAAAAUAUAGGAAUUUAGGCGUCGAGGCUUUCUGAAGGAAAAGAGGGUUUGUCAGAGUAGUUUGUCCUGAGGGGGGCUGUGGAAGGGAAUUACUCAUUUCUCACACCAACAUUGGCACAUCUGUGCGCGUCUAUGUCACCACCGGACGGGUCUCCAAGUCCAUGGAUAAAAAGGAACAGAAGGCAGCAGAAUGGUUGUUGUGGGAGCGAGUAACGGAACCUUCGGCAGUGGCAACAUGAGGUCGUCAUUCAUGAUAGAGGACAGGGUCGGUGGUGAAGAUCCCGGGGGCUCCACCAACAUGAUGAUCUCGGAGGCUCUUGCGCCCCGGCUGCUGAUGAUUGCGCAGGGCGCCGCAGAGGCUGCAGCAGCGGCAGCAGCGACUUCUCCGUCCACCUCCAGUCAGCCGCAGGUCAUGGAGACGAACGGGACCCGCUGCGGCGAGCAGAUCCUGAGCUACGGCCGGGUGGAGAAAGUCCUGAUCGGCGGGGUCCUCACCAUGCUCACGCUGUCCACCAUCUGUGGGAACUUACUGGUGGUCAUCUCCGUGUGCUUCGUCAAGAAGCUGCGCCAGCCGUCCAACUACCUGAUCGUCUCUCUGGCCAUGGCGGACCUGUCAGUGGCUCUGGCCGUGAUGCCGUUCGUCAGUAUCACGGACCUGAUUGGUGGUCAGUGGAUAUUCGGACAGUUCUUCUGUAACGUUUUUAUUGCCAUGGAUGUGAUGUGCUGCACCGCGUCCAUCAUGAGUCUGUGCGUAAUCAGCAUCGACAGGUAUUUGGGAAUCACUAAACCCCUGACGUAUCCUGUCCGGCAGAACGGCUGCUGCAUGGCCAAGAUGAUCCUGUCAGUGUGGCUCCUCUCAGCCUCCAUCACCCUGCCGCCUCUGUUCGGCUGGGCGCAGAACGUCAACGACGGCAGAGUCUGCCUGAUCAGUCAGGACUUCGGCUACACCGUCUACUCCACAGCUGUGGCGUUCUACAUCCCCAUGUCAGUGAUGCUGAUCAUGUACUACAGGAUCUACCGAGCAGCCAAACUCAGUGCGGCCAAACACACCAUCACCGGCUUCCCCAGGGAAGGGGAGCAGGGUUCAGGGGUGGCUCCGCGAGGGGGAAGAGGUGGGCAUGAAGCUCGCCAACCAGCAGUGUCGGGAGAAACAGGAAGCGUUGAAGGGACAGAGGCGGAGGUGGAAGCUGACGAAGAGGAGGAGAGCUUGGACUGCGUGGCAGCUGCGUUGAAGCUCCAGCGCGAAGUGGAGGAGGAGUGCAGCACGCGUGUUUCUCGCCUGCUCAAGACUGGUGAGCACCACCAACGCCGGAAGAGGAAAAACCAGUCCAUCUUCAAACGGGAGCAGAAGGCUGCAGCCACUCUGGGCAUCGUGGUCGGUGCGUUCACCUUCUGCUGGCUGCCCUUCUUCUUGGUGUCCACCGCCCGGCCGUUCGUCUGCGGCGUGGAGUGCAGCUGUGUGCCGCUCUGGCUGGAGAGAACUCUGUUGUGGCUCGGUUAUGCCAACUCCCUCAUUAAUCCCUUCAUUUAUGCAUUUUUCAACCGCGAUCUGAGGACCACCUACAGUAACCUCCUGCGGUGCCGCUACAGGAACAUCAAUCGGAAGCUGUCAGCGGCAGGCAUGCACGAGGCUCUGAAACUGGUGGAGAAGCCAGAUACUGACGUGUAAAAGCUGUAGCUGAUGCUGCACAGAAGAACAGAGACAAUCACCAGGGGAAACGCCCUGUGGGCUUAAGCUGUGGCACAAGGUCACCACGCUGCCAGACUGGUUAUUUCCCCUAAUUUGUACAAUGAUUACUGAGGUGAGAUGAGGCGGGAUGCUGUAAUUAAAUGGAUGCACAUGAAGGCGCACAGAAGAGAAUUGAGGAUUGAGAAAAAAAGGAGAGAAAGUUGAACUCACUGGCAAUGAAUCCACCGUGCAGCUGCAGUGGACUCCCGAUUUCUGAAAGUUCAUUUCCCUCGUGGUGACGUCCAACAUUUGUAACAACGGCUGCCACCUUGAUGCAGUCAGACUGGUUGCUACCCUGCUGAACAAUCCUUUUGCACAUCAUAUUGUUACAAAUGUAUUUGGAGCAACACUCUGGCUUUGUAUCAGCCGUCACCAUGGAUGGAAAUGAUUAGUAGCCAGUGUCUUUUAUUUCCAGUUUGAGCCAAGGAAAACUUGCAUUCACAACAAAGAGAUUUCAAGUUUGUGGAGCUCAGUUGCUGGUGAAGAUACACUUCCAGAUGUUAUCACGGUGACACUGUUUUUCACUGCUUCUAAAAAAAAAAAGAGCUGAUUUUGCUUCAGUGGCCAAGUUCAACAUGUAAAAUUUGUACACAGAGUUUCUGGAACAAACAUUAUUUCAGAGGUAAAAAUGGAUCUGAAUGAA